AUGGGACCCAUAUCUCAUACACCCACAUUAUCGAAAAUUCCAAAUAUAUAUAACCGCAGAAGCAGCUUAGGCAGCGUCAAUGAUGCAAAUAAGCCUGUCAGCCAUGUACAACCUCAGAAAAGGAAAAUUUUAUACAAGGCGAAGAACGAAAAACCACUAAAUGUUGCAGAGCUUAUUGAAGAUAACGAUGAUUCAUCGUUGGAUGUAUUCAAAAUGUACCAACAUAAAUACUAUUUGCCGCAUAAUAAACGAAUAUCGAAUAUUGCAUGGAGAAUUCAAAACAAGAAAAUCCUAGCGUUAGAUAGACAAAAAAAGCGGGAAGACCGUGAUAUUCAAGACAAGAAACAAGACCAGAAAUCCUCCAAUGACAAAUCAGAUGAAUUUGAUUACAUUAGUCAAAUAAGAAAAAUGAGUCAAGAACAAGAAGGCGAGGGUGGUAUGGCUACCUUAUUUGAAAAUAAAAAGCAUUCUCCAUAUACCAAUUCUUUGACGUCUGAUUCAUCGCUUUUCAGUGGUAACAGGUCAGCUAGUGCAUCCACAGCGAACCCAUCAACCGGAGACAAGUCGAACGAAAAUUUGCUUACUUCGUAUAUAAACUCGUUAGAAUCUACAUUCAAAGAUGACUAUAAGUUACCGGAAAAGUUGUCUAAGUCGACUAAGAAUACAAAAUUCUUGCAAUGCACAAACUGCAAUACGAAAACAACACCACUUUGGAGGAAAUCUAACAAGGGAGACUUACUAUGUAAUGCUUGUGGAUUGUUCUAUAAAUUGCAUGGGGUAUUACGGCCGUUAAGUCAACCUGAUCGUAAAUCUUCAGUACUGAAUGAUACACUUACCCUGACAAAUAAGACUGAAUCCUCAAAGCCAAAUAGUAAUAUGGGAGGAAACUCAAAAUACGACCUAAGUCCAAGCAUGAUAUCUCAUCAUCAUCAUCAUCAUUAUGUGGAUCCUGCGGAAGACGAGUCCCGGAGGCAAGCGAAUCAAGACCAAAAUGACGAUAUGAAUAUUGAUCAGUUUUUAGAAAUGGAUCCACCCGGAAGACAUACAUCUAUGCUGAAUGAUAACCAUCUGGGCUUAGAGAUGAAUCCGCCCCAGAACAGAAAUUCGACUAGUAACAAUAUUGAUGAAAUUGAUAUGUUAUUGAAUAUGAAUUUAUUUCAAUCUGAAUCUUUUGUUAUUGGUAAUGGGAAAUCUAAAACUGGAGUAAAUGAACAGGAGAACCGUAAUAAUAACAGUAAUACAAAUGACAAUAGUGUAACAAACGACGGUUAUAAUUUUGAUGCGCAAGGUAUGUUUUAUGAUAUGCAACAUGUUGGUGAAGUAGGGAUUGGCGAUGAAAUAUUAGCUGAUCAACCGUCUGAACAAGGUCCCAACUGGAAUUGGUUAGAUUUCGUUUCAAAUGGAGAUAAUGAAAUGAAUUCAUCUUAA